AUGUGGAGUCAUAAUAUUUACCUAGUGCAUCUCUAAUUAUAUUGAGCCGUCCUGUUAAGUUCUUAUUUUAAGUCCAUAUAAAAGAAUUAAAUUUUUUAUUACGCCAGACAAGUGUAAUAUAUUUUUUUGCGUUCCGCAUAAACGGUCAAGGAAGAUUAAAAAGCAAGAAGAAAUAGGGUGUCCGACCCAUGCGAUCUUAUGCCGCCCGAAGGGUCCUUUCUGAUAACUCCGGAGAAUACCAUUUCUGUGUGAAGGAUACUUGCACACCAUCAAAGGAGAAACCCUGUAACGCUACGAUCAACCAAAUCUCCUUUUCAUUUAACAACGCCUCUACUCCAUUCUGUACACACCCCCGCCAGUGGUACAACGGUCCAUUGAAGUUCGGGGCGCUCUUGGAAUUUGAAUUAGAAUGACAUGUGUUCGAAAUUAUUGUUCCAAACCACAUCACAAAUUACUUUUCUUGCAAGAUCAGGCUGUAUUGGGCAAGCUCGAAAACUGUUCGAUGAAAUGCCACAGAGGGACACCAUCGCUUGGAAUGCAAUGCUUAGUGGGUAUAAUCAACUGGGUUUUCACAACGAAGCACUAUCUCUCUUCCAUCACAUGAGAAAAACCGGCGUCGGACCUGAUCACUUCUCGUUCACUGCAACACUGAGCUCCUGUGCAGGGGCUUGCGACCUUGGAAAUGGAAUAAAAAUUCACACUCUAAUGGUUGUGUUUGGUUAUCAAUCUUCAUUGCCAGUCAAUAAUGCGCUUAUUGACAUGUAUGGAAAGUGCUUGAACCCUUCGAGUGCUGUUAAAGCGUUUGAAGAAAUAAAUUAUCCCAACGGAGUUUCAUGGUGUUCGCUUUUAUUUGCACAUGCGAAUUCUGGUCAGUUCAAUGUAGCUCGUGAAGUUUUUGAUGUGAUGCCUAAGACCGUUAAUAUUCCUGGAAAUAUGUUGAUUGUGGGUUAUGCUCAAUGUGGGGAAAUUGAGAUGUGUUUGGAUUUGUUUAGGGAAAUGCUUGAAAACUCGUGUCAGCCUGAUCAAUGGACAUUUAGUGCCCUUGUAAGUGCUUGCACUGAAUCAUCAGAGUUCUCAUAUGGGUGCAUGAUUCAUGCUUUUGUUAUCAAAAGUGGUUGGAGCUCUGCAGUGGAAGCAAGAAAUUCUAUUUUCAGUUUUUAUGCUAAGCUAGGCUGCAAGGCUGAUGCUAUGAAGUUGCUUGAACCCAUGGAAAUCUUGAAUCUUGUGUCGUGGAAUGCCAUUAUUGAUGCUUAUAUGAAAGAAGGUGACACCCAUAAAGCAUUAACAGCAUUUCAGCGUGCACCUGAAAAGAAUUUAGUUUCAUGGACGUCUAUGAUCACUGGGUAUGCAACAAAUGGGCGUGGCGAUGAAGCUCUUAGCUUCUUCGCUGACAUGUUAAGAAAUUAUCUUCGUCCAGAUGACUUCACAUUUGGAGCUGCACUUCAUGCUUGUUCAAACUUGGCAGUGCUAGGUCAUGGCAGAAUGGUCCAUGGAAGCAUAAUUCAAUAUGGUUUCAAUGGUUACGCAUAUGUUGCCAAUGGCUUGGUUAACAUGUAUGCCAAGUGUGGGGAUGUAGACGGGUCAAGCCGAGCAUUCAAUGAGAUUUAUCAUAAGGAUUUGAUUUCUUGGAAUGCAAUGUUAUUUGCAUUUGGGUUACAUGGAAAGGCUAAUCAAGCUCUCCAGCUGUAUGAAGAUAUGGUAUCCUAUGGGGUGAUACCAGAUAAAGUGACUUUCCUUGGCCUAUUGAUGACUUGUAGUCACUCAGGGCUCAUAGAGAAAGGUCGUUUGUAUUUUGAAUCAAUGUUGUCCCUGUAUGGGCUUCCCCAUGGAACUGAUCAUGUGGCAUGCAUGGUUGAUAUGCUUGGCCGAGGAGGGUACCUAGCAGAAGCUAAAGAUUUGGCUAUUAAGUAUUCCAAGACGGUUGACAGUAAGACAGUCUCUUUUGAGGCUCUUCUUAGAGCAUGUACUACAUAUAGGGAUGUCGGAAUGGGGGAAUGUGUGGGGAGAGCUUUAAAGAGUCUAGAACCACAACAGGAGAUAAGCUAUGUGUUGCAGUCGAAUUUGUACUGUGCGAAUGGUCAGUGGCAGGAAGCAGAGAUGGUUAGGAAGUUAAUGGCUGAUCAGGGGUUGAAGAAAAUUCCUGGUUGUAGCUGGAUUGAGAUAAGGAAUGAAGUGAUUGCUUUUGUAGCUGGAAGUCUUUCGCAUCCAUACAUGGAAGAAUUGCAUAGGAUUAUACAAUUUCUUGAAUUUGAAAUGAGAAAUCCUUGUUUUAUUAGUUUUGAAAGCUGAAGGAAAACAGUGGAGAAUUGUUCCUUUUGCAACAGCCUUGAUGUGAUUCAACACUGGGUAUGCAAGAAUGGGCAUGGCGAAGAAGCUACCAGAACAGACUGAGAAGGUAAUGCAAGCACUUGGAGAUUACCUUGGUGUUAUAAGUACAUGUUUGGAUUGGUGGAACUAGUGUUCGUGAAGACCAACUCAUUCUCUCUAGUCAAGUCCAUGUUGUUGUCGGUGUUCCAGGUUGUGUGCUUGACAUAUUGGGGAGGCAAUCACUUGGAUCCUAUCACAUUAGGUUGUUUGUAUUGGAUGAGGAAGACGAGAUGCUUUCACUAGGCUCCAAAUAACAAAUCCAAAACAUCUUCAAGCUUCUACCGUAAGUUCGGUUUGGGACAUUCUCUGCUGCUACUAUGCCACCCAAGGUACUUAAGAGUUAAGAUCACGAGGAAAUCUAUGAACAAACCUGUGAGGAUUCUUGUGAAGUCUGAUGAGCUCACCUUAGAAGGUAUAAUGCAGUUUUCUUUGAUGUUAAGAAGGAAGAAUGGAAGUUUGAUACUCUCUGUUAUUUAAGAGUAGGUAACCCGUUCCCAUUCCCUUUGUCUCUAUUGCAGUCUAUCUCAUCGUAUCGCAUUCUGUUCUGCGAUAUUUGAGAAUCACGGUCGAUGCCUUGAUGUAGGUAAGUUUAGGAUAAUCCUUUGACCUAUGGAUGAACGUGCAAGCAUACGUUUCAUGCUUGUUUGCCGUCACCUUUGUAACAAAGAAUGAUGAGAAGCUCUUGAAUGAGAUUCAGAGGUUCUAUAAUGUGGUCAUUGAGGAACUGCCUAAAAACAUUGCGGGAACAAAGCAGUUCAUGACUCCCUAUAUCGGUAAGCCUGAAGUUAUGGGGAAGUUGGUCGAAAAUAUGCAAACUGAGUAUAGGGUGGCACAGGUGACAGAUGCUGAUAAGUAUGGUGCUCUUUCCCCAGCUUUAUCCAGAACCAGAUGGAACCCCCUACGACCAAUGUGAUUAAAAUUAAUUUCGAUGCUGCCAUUAAAUCCCCCAACAUUGGCCUGGGUAUGGUAGCCAGGAACGAAGAUGGAGUGCACAUCGCCUCUCGAAGCCUAUGUGUUCAGGGUCCCUCUGAUCCGUUUUUCGCUGAGUGCCUAGCAGCAACAGAAGCAUUGCGGUUUGCUAAUUCCUUACAGUGUGGGUCGAUAAUUCUGGAGGGUGACUCUGCAUUGGUGAUUUCGGCCUUGAGAAGUGGAGAGAAUGCCUUGACUGAAGCUGGUUUAUGUAUUGGUAGUGCAAAAGGUUUAUUCGACUUGUUUCAUUCUGUGAUUUGUAACCAUGUGAAAAGAACUGCUAAUCAUGUUGCUGAUGUUUUAGCCAAGAAGGCUAUUUCUUGCUCUGACUCUAGAUUUUGGUUUGGAGAGUGUCCAGAGUUUCUUAGGGUUGCAAUUGUUUCUGAUUGUAUCUCCAAUUUGGUUUAAUGAA